CUCUCAUUUCGAACCCUUUGAGGCCAAGGAAGUGGAGAGAGGGAAGAAUUCGCUCUCGGUUCCGCUAAGGUUCUUCGCGGGAUCCUCUCCUGCUAUUCGAUCUUCGGAUCUAAUCGUAUCUGGAGGUACAAAACAAUUUCAAACCAUGAAAUUCUGCUGAAUGGAACUUUAUUGCAGUUCAUCGAGGGGUGAAGGAUUGAAUGGAAAAUGACGGGAGGGUUCAGAGUGCUGCAUCUUGUCAGACCAUUUUUGGCGAUUUUGCCCGAGGUACAGAAUGCUGAUCGGAGAAUUCCAUUUCGGGAGAAAGUGAUCUACACUGUAAUAUCUCUUUUCAUCUUUCUGGUCUGCAGUCAGCUGCCACUUUAUGGCAUUCACUCAACAACAGGUGCCGACCCCUUCUACUGGAUGCGUGUUAUCCUUGCAUCGAAUAGGGGGACAGUUAUGGAGCUGGGAAUUACUCCUAUUGUUACUUCAGGAUUGGUGAUGCAACUGUUGACAGGAUCAAAGAUUAUUGAAGUUGACAACAGCGUAAGAGAGGAUCGUGUUCUACUAAAUGGCGCACAGAAUUUACUGGGCAUCUUAAUCGCCGUUGGUGAGGCAGUUGCAUAUGUUCUGUCUGGGAUGUAUGGCAGUGUCAGUCAACUUGGUGCAGGAAAUGCUAUACUCAUAAUCCUACAACUUUGCUUUGCUGGCAUCAUUGUCAUUUGCUUAGAUGAACUUCUUCAGAAAGGAUAUGGUCUUGGAUCUGGUAUUUCUUUAUUUAUAGCAACCAACAUCUGUGAAAACAUUAUCUGGAAGGCAUUCAGCCCCACUACUAUUAACAGUGGAAGAGGUGCUGAAUUUGAAGGUGCUGUUAUUGCUUUGUUCCAUUUAUUGAUAACUCGAACAGACAAGGUCCGAGCUCUUCAUGAGGCUUUCUACCAUCAGAAUCUUCCAAAUGUGACAAACCUGCUUGCUACAGUUUUGGUCUUUCUUAUUGUAAUCUUUUUCCAAGGUUUUCGUAUUGUUCUACCUGUGAGAUCGAAGAAUGCCCGGGGUCAACAGGGCUCCUACCCUAUCAAGCUAUUUUACACCUCUAACAUGCCCAUCAUCUUACAAUUGGCACUUGUUUCCAAUCUCUACUUCAUUUCCCAGUUGCUGUACAGGAGGUACAGUGGAAAUUUUUUUGUAAAUCUGCUGGGAAAGUGGCAGCAAUCAGAAUAUUCAGGAGGUCAAUCCAUCCCUGUAGGUGGUCUUGCUUACUACGUGACAGCACCAUCAAGCCUGGCAGAUAUGGCUGCCAAUCCAUUCCAUGCUCUCUUCUAUAUAGUUUUUAUGCUGUUAUCUUGUGCGCUUUUCUCAAAGACGUGGAUAGAGGUUUCUGGAUCAUCAGCAUGAGAUGUGGCUAAACAGCUCAAGGAACAACAAAUGGUGAUGCCUGGUCAUAGGGAGUCCAAUCUACAGAAGGAGUUGAACCGCUACAUUCCAACUGCUGCAGCAUUUGGGGGCAUGUGCAUCGGUGCCUUGACGGUUCUUGCAGAUUUCAUGGGAGCAAUUGGUUCUGGAACGGGGAUACUACUUUCUGUGACUAUCAUAUAUCAAUAUUUUGAGAUGUUUGAAAAGGAGAGAGCAACUGAGAUUGGGUUCUUCGGAUUUUGAUUCCUGGAAAGUCGCACGGAGGACAAUCUAGAUGAAGGCUAAAAAGAGAGCCAUUUCUUGCAGUUUUGGGGAAACAUGAAUGUGGGACAGAUACAACUAUACAAGGCCUUUUUAACAUCAGGUGUAGGAGUACAAGAAGUUUAGCUUUCACCAGUGUAGUUUUUUUUGUUCACACAGACUAUUCUGAUGCUGGAUAGACCAAGUUGAAAGGAAGAUGUGUUGUGUCCAGCCAAAGUAGACAACAUAUUGUUAGUAUUUCAAUUCAGUUUAAUUUCGUUUGAUCUUUUAAGAAGCUAACAGAUAAAUGUUGAUCUCUAAUUAUCUUUGUACAAUGAAUUGUUACCGCUUAAUGUUUUUA